AUGAUGUUUAAGUCAAUAUGUAUUUAUUUAUGUAUGUUUAUAUCUAUGUGUAUAAGUAUCUAUCUAUCUAUCUAUCUAUCUAUCUAUCUAUCUAUCUAUCUAUCUAUGUAUAUGAGUAUCUAUCUAUCUAUCUAUCUAUCUAUCUAUCUAUCUAUCUAUCUAUCUAUGUAUAUGAGUAUCUAUCUAUCUAUCUAUCUAUCUAUCUAUCUAUCUAUCUAUCUAUCUAUCUAUUUCAGUGUGUUCAUUAUGGAUGCAUCUCUCUCCCCCCCUCUCUCUCUCUGUGUCUCCAAGUCUGUCAAAUUUCUACAACAGUUUCGCUCUCUGCAUAUCCGUCUUUUCAGAUCUAUAUCUAUUAGGGAAUCGCUUCUAUCUAUCUAUCUAUCUAUUAUCUAUCUAUCUAUCUAUCUAUCUAUCUAUCUAUCUAUCUCUUAUUUUUAUAUCGAUUUCUGUCUCAAUCUAUCUGACUCUAAUAUCUAUCUAUAUAUCUAUCUAUUUAUCUAUCUAUCUAUCUAUCUAUCAUUUUAUUUAUGUCACUCAGAGCAUAUAUUUCUAUAUCGGUCUGUUAAAAUCUAUCUAUCUAUGUAUCUGUCUAUCUCACUCCUUCUUCCUUGGCUGCAUUCGUCUUCUUUUUACAUCCCAUUUUCUUCUUCUUCUUCUUCUUCUUCUUCUUCUUCUUCUUAUUAUUAUUAUUAUUAUUAUUAUUAUUAG